AUGUCAUUAUUUGUUGCAAAAGUCAAAAAUGUAUUAAGUGGUGAUACAAUUGUUGUUGUUCCACUAAAAACAAAUCAAUUCCCACCACCAGAAAGAAUUAUAACUUUAUCAUAUGUUAAACCAAUAAGUGAAUUUGAAUCAAAAGAAUAUUUACGUGAUUUAUUAAUUGGUAAAGAAAUCAAAUUUAAAGUAUUUAACAAAGCUGGUAAUAGAGAAUUUGGAGAUGUUCAAUCACCAAUUUUUAAGUCAUUAAUUGAAUAUUUAAUAUCUAGUGGUUAUGUUAAAUUAAGAGAUAAUAUACCAGAAGAUGAUAAAGUUGAUGAAUUAAAACAAAUUGAAAAUAAUUCAAAAUUAAAACAAAAUGGACUUUGGAACAGCAAAGUUAAAAAAGUUGAAACAGUCCCAUUAACUGAAGAAAAUAUUAUUUCUUCUCAAACUAAACCAUUGAAAUUAAUUGUGGAAAAAGUUAUAAGUGGUGAUAGAAUAAUUGGUAAUAUCUUUGUAAAUAAAAAUCAGAUUGCAAACUCAUCAUUAUUAUUGGCAGGUAUCAAAUCUCCAAGAACUGAUGAUCAAAGUCAAUCACAACAAUUAGUAAAAGUAGCACAACAAGCAAAACAAUUUGUUGAAGAUAAAUUAUUAAGUACAAAAGCAGAGUUAACUGUAAAAAUUAUUGGUGAAAGUCAAUCUGGUGUUCCAAUUGCUUUAAUUACUCACCCAUCAGGUAACAAUAUUCAUGAAAAAUUAUUAGAAUCUGGAUUUGGAGAAAUUGUUGAUUGGCAAUCUACUUUAAUUGGUUCAACUGCAAUGAGUCAAUUAAGAAAAGCUGAACAAACUGCAAAAGCAUUAGGUAAAGGAAUAUUUGCUAAUUCAACAACCAAAAAAAGCUCAGGCUCUGGUCAACACGGAUCUAAAUUAAAACCAGGUGUUUCAAUUCCCAAUGUUACAAUAGCUAAAGUCAUAAAUGCUGACACUUUAUUAGUAAGAUUACCAGAUUCAGAUGAAGAAAUUACUGUACAACUAGCAUCAAUUAGAGCACCAAAACCAAAUGACACAACAGUAACAUCAGAUCAAUCUAAACAGCAAGCAUUGGUUGCAACAGCUCGUGAAUUUGUAAGAAAUCAAGUAAUUGGUAAACAAGGUAAUCUUUAUGUUGAUGGAUUUAGAGAAGCAAACAAAGACCUUAGUUUAGAAUCAAGAUUCUUGGUAAGUUUUAAAUAUGCUAACACUGACUUAUCAGAAUUAAUUGUAACCAACGGAUUUGGUACAGUUAUAAAACACAACAAGGCAACUCAAAAUGAACGUUCGUUAAAUUGGGAUAAAUUAAUUGAAUUAGAAAAUGAUGCUAAAAAAUUAGGUAAAAAGGGAAUUUAUGGAGAUUUAAAUAAAGUUUUAACUGUUGGUACUAGAAUUAUUGAUGCUUCUGAAAAUUUAACAAAAGCUAAAACUUUUUUCAAUGGAUUUAAACAAAAGGGUAGAAUUAGUGGCUACUAUGUUGAAUACAUUCCAAACGUUACUCGAGUUAAAUUAUUUAACCCAAAAGAAGGCUUAAAAUUAACUUUAUUAUUAGGUGGUUUAUCAAAUAAUAAAAAUGAUGUAUUACAAGAAGAAGGUUUAAAAUUUUUAAAUAAAAAAUUCUUACAAAGACCAGUUGAAUUUGAAAUCUAUGAUACUGAUAAAUUAGGUGGAUUUGUUGGUAAUUUAUAUACCAACUCAAAUGCUAUAGUUCCAAUCCAAGAACAAGUUAUAUCUCAAGGUUUUGCAAAAUUACAUGAAUAUGCUAUAAGUGCUAAUCCACAAGCUUCAGUGUUGGAAAAAGCUGAAGAUAAUGCAAAAUCUCAAAAUAAAGGUAUUUGGAAGGAUCAUGAUGAUGCUAAAUUAAGCAAAGAAAUUUCAGAAUCUGCAGCAAGAUUAGAAUCCACAAAAUUAGAAUCAUCAAAACCUAAAUUUUUUGAUAUUGAAGUUGUUUACAUUGAUUCAGAAGGUAUAUUAUAUUUCCACAAAACAGAUCCAAAACAAAAACAAGUAUUUACAAAAUUUAAAACUGAAUUUCAGCAAUUCCAUUCACAACAACCAAGUGCAUCAAAAUUAUCACAAGAUUUACCUGUAAACUUAGACAAACCUCCAAAAAAGGGAGAACUCGUGUCAGCUAAAUUUUCGGACGAUGGUAAAUACUAUCGUGCAAAAUUUUUAGGUGUUGAUAAGUCAUCAAACAAAUAUGAAGUACACCAUAUUGAUUUUGGUAACAUUGAUAAAGUUUCUUUGAGUGCCUUACGUCAAUUACCUACAAAAUUUAAUACCACCACUAUUCCAAAAUUCCAUUAUACUACAACAUUACAAAAUAUAAGAUUACCUCCUGCAAAACCAACUGAUUAUUUAACUGAUGCCAUAUAUGCAUUAGAAGAUUUAACAUACGAUAAGAGUUUAGUUAUUAGUGCAUUACCUGGCUCUACAUCUGAUUAUCAAGGUAUUUUGUAUGAUUCAGAAGAAAGUUUAAAAGAUUCAUCUUACACUAUAAACAAACAAUUAGUCAAAGAAGGUUGGGCUAUAGUUGAUUCAAAAAAUAUUAAACCAUCUACAAAAGAAUAUGUUGAUGAAUUAUUAAAAAUUCAAAAAUCUGCUAAAGCUAAUCAUUUAGGUUGUUGGGAAUUUGGUGAUGUUUCUUUUGAUGAAGAUAAUUUAUUAGCAUAA